UUCCACCUGCUUUCCGAGCCCCUUUCUCAGUCAGUUGAUCACAGCAUGUUCGAGAACCUGAACACAGCCCUCACUCCCAAGCUGCAGUCGAGCCGCUCCUUUCCUCACUUGUCCAGGCCCGCGGCCUCCAGCUCUGCCACCCUGGGGUCUGUGGAGCCUGGUGGGCCAGGACUCUGGGUAGGCAGCAGCCAGCACCUCAAGAACCUGGGCAAAGUCAUGGGCGCCAAGGUGAACGACUUCCUGCGGAGAAAAGAGCCCUCAGGCCUUGACGGCGUGGGUGUGAUGGAGAUCAACAAGACCGUAGGCGCCGAGCUGGCCAGUGGAGUUGACGUGGCAUCAGGGGCCUGGCUGGAGGAUGAACGGUCAGCUCUGCAAGAAGCUUUCCCAAGACUGGACCCUCCGCCGCCCAUAACCAAGAAGCGAACUCCUCGGGCCCUGAAGACCACCCAAGACAUGCUGAUUUCCUCACAGCCCGUCCUGAGUAAUCUGGAGUAUGGGACAGAGCUGCUGCCUGGGCAGCCCCAGGACUCCCCUCCCGCCGCACCUGCUCCAAGUGAACCCGGCCCAGCAGACAAGGCCCAGCCAGAGGGCACCUUCGAAAAGGCCCCGAGGGCCGAGGCCCUUCCCAAUGGAGAGGUUUCCCUGUCGGUACCCGACCUAAUCCACAAGGACAGCCAGGGCGAAACCAAGCUGAAGAUGACUGAGCGGAGAAGAGCCUCCUCCCCUGGCCUCGCAGAGAGAAAUGGUCUCAAACCCAGCCUGAGCCCCGCCAGCCUGGCUGAGCCCCCAGAAGACAGCAGCCUCCCGCCUCGGCCACGGACCUCUAGCCUUGACAAUGAAGGCCCUCACCCAGACCUGCUGUCCUUUGAGUAG